AUGGUGCCGCAAAUGUGUCCCGCUAAUAGUGAUAGUGAAAACGAAUCUGGCUUGGACAUUUACAAGUACAGACGUGAAAAAGAAAAACAUGGAGUUUUUAUGAACCCCCUUGUUACCGGUCGAUAUUCUGAAGACGUCUCUCAAAACAUUUUAAUUGAAGUAGAUGAGCAGAAACGGCAAAGAAGAUAUGCCAUUUUGCAAGAACCUAAAUCGGAUAUAACUAGCAACCGAUUACGUUAUUUUCUUUUAAUUUACUCUAACCCUAUUUGGAAUAUUUUUAUUCUUUCCGUACUAUUUAUAUCCUAUAUGUUCGACACGUGUCUCUAUACUUUCAUGAAACCGACUGAGAGACCCUUUUGGAUUGCAAUGUUAUUAAUCUGCCUAAACUUAAUAUUUACUCUUGACGUAAGCGUUAUUUUUGGCUUGAAGUUUUUUAAGCAAUGGCGAAAAACUUUAAACUUAGUGGAACCGAGUACCGAAAGAGUAAUGUUAGAUUUAAUUUUGGCAAUACCGUAUCCUUGCGUUUAUUUGAUAGAACCGGAUUUUUUACCUUUCGAGUUUUAUGCAAUUUCACCGAUAAUGGCAACAGUGCGUGUUUAUAGGAUUAUAGAGUACUCAUAUCAGAAAUCAUCUCAAGCCGGUACAAAUCAAUGGACAACAUUCCUAGCACAAUAUUUGAUCCUAUUUUUACUAGCAGUACAUACGUGGACAUGUGUAUGGUUUCUGUUUUCGUACAGAUCUUUUGAUGUACACAAAAUUCGAACAUCUUGGGCAAGUGGAGCAGUAUAUCUACCAACUGAAACUAUUUUAGAUUGGCAUUUUGCAUGUGCUUAUUGGUCAGUCAUGAUUCUAACAACUAAUUCUCUAGGAGAUCUUUAUCCAGUGUCAACAUUGGAAAGAAUUACAGCUACGUUUGCGAUAUUGUUGGGAUUUUUUCUCACAACCAUUGUUUUUGUUGGAUCAUUAACAUCCCAGUUUAUUACAAUUACUACCAGGCGCGCUAAAUACGUACGCAAAAUGAAAAAAAUUCAAAAUCAUCUACGUCUGAUAAAUAUGGAUGCUGAAACUACAAAACGAGUUAUGAGGUACUACGAAGAUUUGUGGUAUCAAAAAUCAGGUGUAUUCAAGCCAAAACUUCUCAAAUUACUGCCGGCUCCUUUGCUGAUGGAAAUUUGUUAUGACCUCAAUGCUGUGCCCUUAUAUAGUUCCCUCAUAUUCCGGAAAUUACCAGAGCCUUUCUUGAGGAGACUUUCCUUGGCGAUGUCGCAUCAAUUCUACCUACCUGGUGAUAUUGUAUACAAUCACAAUCAAAACAAAAGCUUUAUGAUUUGCAUAACAAAUGGAGUACUUGAAUUGCUAUCGGAUGAAGACGAUGAAAGCCCAAUGAUUUCUUUUGCAAAAGGAACGUGUAUUGGAGAAAUUUCCUUAGUGUUUAACAUCCCAGCGAGAUGCACCGUUAAGGCAGCGACGUAUGUAGAGUGCCAAGUACUCAAUCACACUGAUUUUAUCAAAAUCAUGAUUACAUACCCAGAUUUAAUUUUACAAAUUCGAAGUGAAAUUUGUGAACGAAUUAAUAGAAGUCAUUCUAGGAAACAAAGGCAGUGUUCAAAAACAGCUUUGAGUUUAAAUGUCUAUGCAUCGAAAGAUUUGAAAAAGAGCAGCAUUAAAUGUUUGAAAGAUAAGUUGAGAUACAUGCAAGGUUAUACAGAAAUAAAUAGUCUCCAAGACGUUGACGAACUUGACGAAAACUGUUUAGAUCUCUAUAUUCUUUCCGAACAUGUUAAAAAACGAACGUCACUAUUCACCUGUGUUGGUGCUAAAUUUCCUUGGAUAUUAGAAGCAGACUGCCAUCUAGUGAAAUAUUGGCAAUUGUACAUGCUUUUCAUUGUAUUCUAUAUUUGCCUCGUCUAUCCGUACUUUAUUGGAUUUAAAAGAGAAUUUCCAUCUGGCAUGUUUUUUUACACAGAGAUAUGUAUAACGAUAUCACUGAUGUUAAAUGUAAUCAUGUCAGUCGUGACUGCAGUCAAAACUAAGAAAAAAUACAUAAAAAACUUCGUUUCAAUAUUGAAUUACCGUAUGAACACACUUGGGUUCUACAUGGAUUUAGUUGCGCUGAUACCUUUUGAAUUCGUUGUCAUGAUACAUUCGUCCGUCGGAUAUAUGGACGCUUACAGAAAUCAUUUAUUUUACUUGUGUAAAGGCAUCAAACUGUGUCUCGUUUGGAGAAUAUCAAGUUUCUUCGAAGAGUUGGAGAAAAAAAUUUCGACCAAUACAAUUAUAGUUAAGAUUGCAAAAUAUUGCGUCUACAUCAGUUUGUUAUGCUAUUGGUCGGGGGUAAUCUUGUAUAUGGAAUCUUGCUUCGUGAAUAGAUGCUCGCAACAUUCGUGGUUUGCUAGAGCUUUGAUUUGGGAAGAUCAAAGAAGUGGCGUAACGUCUACCAAAACAAAAUAUCAUGUUUUGACAUCAAUUUAUUUUGCAACCACCAUCAUAUUGUCUGUUGGAUACGGAGAUUUCACACCCGGAGACAAACAUGAUAUGGGUUUUGUUGCAUUUCUUAGUCUCUAUGGAGUUUUGUUAACUGGAUAUUGUGUUUCGGAGUUUUCGGCGGUAGUCACACAUUGGUCGAGAACGAAAACAGCAUUUUUAGAAGUGAUUAUCACAAUUGACAGGUUUAUGAAGGAAAAUAAUAUGCAUCAGGCAAUAAAGUCGAGAAUUAUGGCAUUUUAUGAACUGCAAUGGCAGUAUAAUUCGGGAGUGGAAUUAACAGACGAAAGCUGGUUGAAAAACACAGUAGUGCCUUCAGAGCUCAGAAAGAAAGUGCUUCACCAAGCGCGGUUCAAGACGCUAACUUCAAUUAGAUUCUUUCAAGUCAAAAAUAAAGCUUACAUUCAUACGUUAACAGAAAGUGCGAGGGACAUAAUAUUGCCGCCGGGUGAAAUAGUGUACUACGGAGGUACAGUAACGAGGGAGCUGUACAUAAUCGAAAGCGGUUACUGUCUCGUCACAUCUAAGGAGAUGCGAGAAACAAGGAGAGAGCGUGUCAUUGGCCCGGGGAACCAUCUGGGCUUGCUAGUACUGUUGUACGGCGUUCCCGCAGUUAGCACUGUGAUCACUUUAACACAUUGCAAACUUAUUAACAUCAGUCACUUCGCGUAUACAUCAGCGCUAAACUUAUUCCCGGAAAUGAAAGAACACGAGGGUUUAUUAACCCUUGAGGAGUUCCAAAGUAUUGAACAGCAAGCGAAAUCACAAAAUACGGAAGCCUACUUGAAACAUUAUAACGUAUUAGUUGGAAAGCGGUUAACUAGCAGGAUAACUAGUGUCUUACAUGACUUUUUUAAUGAUUCGUUUAUAAAUGUCAAAGAAUAUUAUAAGAAACGUAAUGAAAGUUAUUGCAGAUCGUUUCAACAAUUUGACAUUUUGAAUAAUAUAUCACCGUACUUGUUAAUGCCGAUUGUUAUAAAGCCUGAUGGUAUUUUUCUUAAGGCAUGGGCUUUUGUUAGAGUCAUCACAGCAUACCUUCUAAGCUUACUAAUUCCAAUUGUUGUAUCAAUGGCCCCAACGUGUGGCAACUUCAAUAUAGCAAUAGUAGUGCUGGAGACAAUAUGCUACAUCGAUAUAUACUUAAUGCUUCAUGUAGCUUACUACGGCUCGAAGAAUCAACUAAUCUACCACCCUUAUUUGACUGCCAAGAAUUAUUUAUGUAAAUCAUUUGCAAUUGACAUUUUGACUUGCUUCCCAUGGUAUUUGCUUUGGAAGCUGUUUAUCCCAAAACACAAUGAAAUGCAUACAGAAGAGGAUCACGCACUGAAUCCUCAUCUAUAUCACUGUAUUCUGAGAAUGAUUAACAUUUUGCAAAUUUAUAAACUAUAUGCAGUUUUUUGGGCUGAAUCGAUAGGCGCUUUAAAGCGGGCAUAUCUAAUGAGCGUGGUACAGUUUCUUCUAUUAACGUUAUUCUUCCUAAACCUCUUCGCAUCAAUCCUCAUAACAAUGUCCUGUAGAUUUAUAGUCGCAUACGACCAAGAAGAUUUCGUAAGGCGUUUAAAUAACCACACAGUUACGGGACCCUUCAUGGACACUGUUUUUAAUCCUGGAGGAAAUAUGGUUUGUCAACUAGGUUCCUGGAUAGACAGCGCAAAGAUUUUCAAAGACAAAUACCUAACACCGACUAAAGUGUACCUCUUAAGUUACUAUUGGUCGGCCACAAGUUUCACCGGCGCCGGCUUCGGUGACAUCACUGCUCAAGAUACCGCCCACAUGGUCCUGUCCAUUUGCAUCAACGUACAUGGCGUUUUGUUUUUCGGAUACGUUUAUGCCCGUAUAGCCUCUCUAAAGGCAAUGGCUGAUCAAGUCAUAACUAAAUUUCAAGAAGACCUUAAGCAUUUAGACUUAUUUCUGAAUAGAGAAAAGGUUCCAUUUGUAUUGAAAAAAUCGAUCAUUGACUAUUGGAAAUAUCAAUGGAAAAGAACUGGCGGUUGGUCGCAUCAAAAAAUAUUGGGUAAACUGCAUGCCAACUUAAAUGAAGACGCAGUUUUAUACAUGUAUGAGAAGACACUGCGUGAAAUACCGUUAUUUGAAGAUGUCGAAUAUUCAUUCUUCAGAGCUUUCGCUAAGAAACUUAAGGAGCGGUAUUUCCAAAAAGGAUACAUGAUAAUCAGAUCUAAUGAGGUCAUCAGAAAUAUGUACAUCAUUUAUCGCGGCAAGGUAGACAUAAUAACAGAUGAUAAUGAGGUGGAAGCCUGUAUGGGUCCUGGUGGUAUAUUUGGCAAUAUUCGUGGAUUAUCAAAAUAUUUAACAAAGUCAAAUAUACUGGCGUCAAGAAAUUUAGAUCUAUUAUACAUCGAAGGGCAUGAAUUUUUUACUCUUUUAAAGAGUUACCCUUCGGUGUUGAGAAAAGUGAAAUAUUCCGUCGAUUCAGCGCCUAAAGAUUACGUUUUACCUACAAUGUUAUCAGAGAGAACGAGUUUGGAAUUUGAGUCGUAUCCGUUGACGUAUGAGGCGGAUGAAGACCAGGAUGAUGAAAUAGAACCCAAUAUAUUUUUAGAAAGUCCAGAUAAAAGUAUAGCUGAAUCUCAUGGUUCAAGAUCGAUAGCUUCCGGGUACAAUGCAGAUUAUAUUUCAGCUAUUACGUUAAUAGUUAUGCCGCAUAGGUGGUUUCGAAGCAGCAUAGUUCCUGAUAGUAAAUGGGUUACAUUCCUUGAUUAUCUUAUUCUAACAAUGGCAUAUGCAGACUUCAUGAUUCUAGUUUAUCAAAUGGCUUUUUUAUCAAACUCAUAUUUUUUCUACAUUUGCGUAGUGUUCGAUGUUAUAUUUAUUUACAAAACAUUCCUUGAUGUUCAUAGCGGUUAUAUGAAUAGAUACGGCGAAUACGUUUUGAAUCCCAAAAAAGUAAGACACAUGUAUUUUUCUAAGAUAUAUCUUCGUCGACGUGAUUUUCUGGCCAACCUGCCUAUAUCAUAUUUGGCAUUUGCAAUGAAACUUUCUCCGACGAUGCAAAAUGCUUUAUUUUGCUACCUCAGGACCCCACAGCUAUUCCGAAUUACAUAUUUGUUCACAUAUCGUCAACAUAGGAAAAUAAAUGUUGGAUCGGCCAAUUUAUUAUUGAAACUUGCGACAAUCGCUAUAUGGGCAUCGAUCCUAUCUCACAUAAACGCGUGUUUGUUUUUCAAAUUGUCUUGCCUCACACCUGUCCACUGCACGUCCGCUAACUGGAUGUCGAAGCCUGAAUUAAAUCUACGUGCUAAAUAUGCAGAGAAAAACUUUUUCCCGCUCUAUGUGGCGUCACUAUGGUACAUAAUAAAUUUGCUUACAAUCACUGGCACUGGAGACGUGUCCUCCCAAAAUGAUUUCGAAGUCAUCGAGACCGUCAUUAUAACUAUUGUCAUAAAGUUCUGUACAGGACUCCUCAUAUCAGAAAUGUCAGCACUUAUUACCGCACAUUCAUCCUCCCGUAUCGCUUAUGAUGAAGGUAUAAACGAAUUACGAGACGGUUUACGAGAUACCGAUUUGAGUGAUCAUCAAAUGAAUAAAAUGUGGGACUAUGUCCGUGAACUAUGGAGCAGGCAACAAGGGAGACAAAUGCCGAAAUUAGUCUCGAAACUUCCAUUCCGCCUACGCUGUCAAGUAAUGCAAGCGGUUUAUGGGAGUCACAUUCGAGAAUCAGUCAUAUUCAGUAAGACGGAUGACGAUUUCAAACGAAUGCUGUGUAUGUGGCUAAGGCACUGUGUAUUCUUCCCCGGAAACUAUAUUGUACAAUGUGGAGAUGCAGAUCAGUGCAUCUAUUUUAUACAUAGGGGAGAGGUUGAAGUGUUAACUGUACAUCCAAAUUUGACUGAAUCUAUAUACGAUAUACUGGGCCCAGAAGACAGUUUUGGCGUUGCUCAGGGCCUAUUUGUUGGUGUUUCACACCAUUUUUCCUUUCGAGCCAGAACUAUCGUCGACAUAGUCUAUUUAAAAUUAGACGAAUGGAAAUAUUUAUUGGAUUUCUAUCCUAAAUCUGCCAGAUUAGUACAAAGAAAAGUAGAAAAUGUGUAUCUAGCAAUCUAA